AGCAUGACAGGAGCACUCCAGUUACUUCAGGAGCAGAAGACAGGACAGUACUGCCACAUCCUGAUUUCCAAAGCAAAGGACUCAUCAGAUUUCAACACAGAGAGUGUCACUCUGAGCCAUGAAGACCCCAUUGCUGACCCUUCUCCUACUGGGCUUGUGUGUACCAGGACGCUGCGACUGCCAGAGAGAUUGUCUCUCCUGCAGCCAGCGCCUGUUCCAGCAGGACAGCUUCAACACGCUGGUAUGCAUCAUGGAGUGUGAGGAUAAAGUUUCAACAUCUGUGACUUGGGAUAUCUGCCGCAAAGCCACAGGGAAGUCCUCUUCGACUCUGGGGGCUAAUGCAUUGAAGAGAGGGGAGGAGAUAGCCCAGCUUCCCUUGGACCUGGAUGAAGCGGGGCUGCUUUACACUGGGGCCCUUAAGCAAUUUGCCGAUCUUAUCCGAGACUUCGAUGUCAACAAAUUAGAGGAAGAGAAUCGGGUUUCCAAAAUACGGCGGGCAUAUCACACUGAGGAAGAGUCAGAAGAGCGCCCCCUAGGGGGUGAUAAUGUGCCAGGGGAGGAGUACUCACCACCUGAGGGUGCCAUUGACCUAACAAAGCGCUUUGGAGGCUUCCUGAAGGGAAAAUACGGCUACAGGAAGCUGAUGGACCCAGGCAGGUCCUUACAGAAGCGGUAUGGAGGUUUCAUCGGUGUUCGGAAAUCAGCCCGCAAAUGGAACAAUCAGAAGAGGUUUAGUGAGUUUCUGAAGCAGUACCUGGGCAUGUCUACACGUUCCAGCGAGUACGACAGCAUCUCCGCCGAUAUCACUGAGCAGAAUGAAAUCUAACCCACUGGCCUAGGAACCAAAGUUUUGCCGCAAAGAUCAUUAAAAAAACACUGAAAAAAUUAACAACCUAUGGAAUGUUGUUCUAGUUUUGUUUUGUAAAUGCAAAAGUAAAAAUAAAAUCACUUUUAAAAAAUGUA